AUGAGUAAUCACGAGAAAACAAAAAUAGCUACCGAGGAAGAGAUCAAUGGAAGUUCUGACAACAGUGGCUAUCUUUCGAACGUUGAAGAAGGAAAAAUUGGUGAACUCGUUUGCGCACUUCCCGCACUGAAUGUUAGUGAACGUCUUAAUAUGGAGGAAGCAGGCCUCCACAAUGCCGUCGUUGCGGCUGAGUUGGUUAUUGCUGCCUCCGAAGAAGCCGUUGUUUCAAAGGGAAAGAUGGAGCAAACAGUUGAUGCGAUUGGCGAAAAUACCAAAAACACAAAGCUAGAUCGUCGGCCCAGGAUGGAUGAAUUGGAUGACGCGGCUGGAGCCUCUGGUUCUACAGCCAUCGGUUCGGCAAGAGAAGAAGGGCCGGUGAAGAAAGCAAAGAAGAAUUGGGGAUUGGUGAUUGAUUUGAAUGUUGAUCCAAUGGAAAAAGAAGAGGAAGCUGGAUCGAGAUCUAUUCUAAAGUUUGAUCUCAACAUGUCACCACCGGAAGAUGAAGAUGAAGAAGGAUUAAAUGCUAUGAAUGUGAACAGAAGACUAUAA